AAACAACAACGGUCCGUUACAUAGUAGUAGUAACUAGUGACAAACAAAAAGAACCAAGGUUCCGUUUGUCCUCUCCCUGUGAUACUCAUCAUCAUCAUCAUCAAUAUGAGUCAAAUCUCACCCAACAAUAUGUCAAUCAAUCAACCAAUGGACAAUAAUUGCAGCUUCAUGUCAUGUGAUAAAUUGGAUCGCAUGGCCAACUGGGUGGGCACCAACGUCGCCAUCGCUUUCUUUGCCUCGCUGGAACGCUGCUCCUGCAUCAACCUCAGCACCACCGAUCUCGAAGACGAGGAAGAGGCCAAGGAUCGACCACUUAUGUUGGCCAGACCCACCGGCCAAGACGGCCUGGAGCCCACCGUCGCCUCCGAUGUCAAUAAGCUUCAAGUUUGAUCAUAUUUUACUCUUCUAGGGUUCGUUAUGUAUGGUUUCUUUUUAUAUAAUUAUUUGUGUUUUUUCUUUUCUUGUUUUGGUAAGAAUCUGUGUAUCAACGCAUGUAGCUUCUUGUAGAAACUUGCGCCUCAUCAACUUGCUUCUAUUUACUAAUCGAAUGCAGUGAGAGAGAACUGAAUACAGAGCAUCCCUUCUUAAAGUUUAAGGAUUUUAUAUCAGUGACUUCAGACUUCAGAGGUUAAAAGGAAACAGCAGUUACAUAGAUUGAACUUGCGGAGCCAAUUACUGGCUGUCUUGGUGGAAUUUUAAGAUACAAACUAUGAGAGUCACUAAACUGUGUAACUCCAAUGAAAUCGUCACAGUCAAUAACAUGUUCCCAGGCCCCGUAGUUUAUGCACAAGAAGAUGAUAGAGUGAUUGUCAAAGUUACUAAUCAAUCACCUUACAAUGCUACAAUUCAUUGGCAUGGAGUGAGGCAAAGACUCUCGUGCUGGUUUGAUGGACCGUCUUACAUUACCCAGUGCCCCAUUCAACCAGGACAGACUUUCACAUAUGAGUUCACUUUGGUUCAACAGAAGGGCACGUUUUUUUGGCAUGCUCAUGUUUCAUGGCUUCGGGGCACCGUUUAUGGUGCUCUUAUUGUGUAUCCCAAGACUGGGGUCCCUUACCCUUUCAAGUACCCCCAUGAAGAGCAUAUUAUAAUCCUUGGUGAGUAUUGGCUGCAGGACGUAGUACAACUUGAGCGGCAAGUUCUAGCUAGCGGAGGAGUUCCUCCACCGGCUAAUGCAUAUACCAUCAACGGCCACCCUGGUCCCAACUACAAUUGCUCUGUCAAUGAUGUGUAUAAGAUUGACGUUGUCCCUGGGAAGACGUAUCUAUUAAGGCUAAUAAACGCAGGCUUAAACAUGGAGAACUUUUUCGCUAUUGCUAAUCACAAAUUAACAAUUGUGGAAGCUGAUGCUGAGUACACAAAGCCAUUCGUUACAGACCGUGUGAUGCUUGGACCAGGACAGACCAUGAACGUCCUCGUCACUGCUGAUCAACCAACAGCAAAAUAUUCCAUGGCUAUGGGACCAUACAUGUCUGCACAGAACGUCUCAUUUCAAAACAUAUCAGCAAUUUCUUACUUCCAAUACUUAGGAGCCAUACCGAAUAGUUUAUCAUUUCCAGCUAAAUUACCAAACUUUAACGAUAAUCUUGCUGUUAAGACUGUCAUGGAUGGAUUAAGAAGCUUAAAUCCUGUUCAAGUUCCAAAAGAAAUAGACAGUAACCUUUUUGUCACGAUUGGAUUGAAUGUCCAAAAGUGCCAGUCCAAAACACCCCAACAAAAUUGCCAAGGAGUUAAUAAUGGGGUUAUGGCAGCUUCAAUGAACAACAUUAGUUUUAUUAAGCCUAGUGUUUCAGUUUUGGAAGCUUAUUAUAAGAAAAUUGAUGGCCAUUUCACAGAGGACUUCCCUGGUGCGCCCCUUAAAUUCUAUGACUUUGUCAAUGGGGCUCCUAAUAACAUCCCUAAUGACACACAGUCAAUGAAUGGGACUCGGACCAAGAUCCUUGAAUAUGGAACUAGAGUGCAAAUUAUCUUGCAAGAUACUGGGACCCUCACCACCGAAAACCAUCCAAUUCAUCUUCAUGGCUACAGCUUCUAUGUUGUGGGUUAUGGUACCGGCAACUAUAAUCCACAAACUGUAAAUUUCAAUCUGGUGGAUCCCCCUUACAUGAACACAAUUGGAGUUCCUGUAGGCGGAUGGGCUGCAAUUCGGUUCACUGCAGACAAUCCAGGGGUUUGGUUUAUGCAUUGUCACUUCGAUAUACACCAGUCGUGGGGAUUAGGUACAGUAUUGAUAGUGAAGAAUGGGAAAGGAGAGCUGGAGACACUACCUCAUCCGCCUGCAGACUUGCCCAAGUGUUAGAAAUUUUUAAUAAAUUAAAUCGCACAAAAUGGGAUGAAUUUAGUGCAAGUGUGUAAAAUCUAUGGUUCAUUUCUCUGACACCGUGAAAUUGUGGGUGUAAAGAAGUAAUGGUUGGGAAAUUAAUAAAACUGA